AGUUAAUUGCCUAUUCUUACUCACUAAUUCAUCUGAGUGAGUCCGACGUUCAAUUAUAAAGUGUGAUUUUCGCGUGUAAGAAUGUCUCUAGAAGCUAUUCGAUAUAAGGAUGGGACGCUAGAUAUCCUCGAUCAACUCCUUCUACCGCAGAAGUCAGAAUAUAUCAACGUCAGUGGUGUAGAGGAUGGGUGGAGUGUAAUUAAAAAAAUGCAGGUUCGUGGAGCUCCAGCAAUUGCAGUGACUGGGUGUUUAAGUCUGGCUGUUGACCUCCACAAAAAUACAUUCCAAACAAAGGAUGAUCUGUAUAAGUUUGUUGCUGAAAAGAUGAAGUAUCUAACCACAGCCAGGCCUACUGCAGUAAACAUAGUGGAUGCUGAGAGAAAACUGACAAAGCUAGCUAGUGAAUUAUGUUCUUCUACAUCUAUAGAUGUCUCACAGAUGCAUCAAAGGAUACUUGAACAGAUUGAGUGCAUGCAAGCUGAUGAUAUUGCUGUGAACAAAGCUAUUGGGGACCAUGGUGCUAAGCAUAUAGCAGAGAAUGUGGCCCCCAAAGGUCUGAAGGUGUUAACACAUUGUAACGCAGGGGCUCUGGCUACAGCUGGAUACGGGACAGCAGUAGGGGUUAUGAGGUCACUUGUGAAAAAUGGCUGCUUGGAGCAUGCUUUCUGUACUGAAACUAGGCCGUAUAACCAGGGGUCUCGACUAACUGCUUAUGAGCUUGUACAGGACAAAAUAUCAGCAUCAUUAAUCUGUGACAGCAUGGCAGCAAUGUUGAUGAAAACCAAAGACUUGUCUGCAAUAGUUGUUGGUGCUGAUCGCGUUGUUGCCAAUGGUGACACAGCCAACAAAAUUGGAACUUAUCAAUUGGCGAUUGUUGCCAAAUUUCAUAAUGUACCUUUUUACAUAGCUGCACCCAGUACGACUAUAGACUUGACGCUUGAGACUGGAGAAGAUAUUAUAAUCGAAGAGAGACCUCACAUAGAGAUGACCACAAUGAAUGGAGUGUCUUUGGCACCUGAAGGUAUAGGCUGUUGGAAUCCUGCCUUUGAUGUUACCCCUGCAGCUCUAAUAACUGGAGGGAUUAUUACAGAAUUUGGUGUAUUUACCCCAGCAGAACUCAGGAGCAAGAUUACAGAAGCAACUGCAAAAUAGAGGAUAUGUUUCAUCACACAUUUAACCUUUAGCUAGUUUGCUCUUUGUUUAUUCCUAAAUCGAACUUUAGGUAUUAUUGAUUUUAAUCAUAAUACUUCAUGUAAUCAUAUUAUCUAUCAUGUAUUUUCCUUUCCAAUGGUAUGUUACAAUACAAGGGCAAAUGAUAUUUAUCUCAGGUAAUCUAACAGUAAGCGAAGCCUUCUUAAAGUGCCUUAUAGGCAUGCAGUGUUUCAUAUGACCCAUUUGUGUUCAGUCUAGAGUUAUAUACAUUUAAUUUUCCAUAUUUUUGGAAUGAUUAUGGCAGACACAAACCAUAACUCAAAGUUGGCUCAAAGUAACCAAAUACAUGUACUUAGUAACUCAAGAUGAGAAAAUUGUAGGCCAGUUCAGUAGAUUGUCUUCAUUUUUUGAUCCUCAAGGCACUACUUAAAUCGAACACAUGGAUUUUCCAAAAAGGAAAUUAUCACUCCCCCUACUAGAAUUCUAUUUUCGCAGAGCGUGGAUGGAAUUGACCUUGAGUUGCAGAAUCAUAAACUUUGAUCCCUUUCCAUGGAAUUGACAUAUUUUGUGAAAGUAUAACCAAAAGACAUAAAAUAAAUUUGUCCUAGGUCUAUUGUUUUAUCAUUUUGCUUUCUUGCUAGAUACCACCAUGUGUUUUUAACUGUAUGUACAUAUCUUGAUAUUUUACCCUCAAUUUGUCUUGAUUUUCAUUAAAAACAUCGAGAAAUCACACAGAGUUCCUGCAGAAUUGGGCAUUUGCCCUUGCAGAAUUUAGCAUCUCAACUUGCUGAAAAGUAGGCGGAGUGAAGUGAAUGAAAUACUUAAUUGUUUACUGUAUGUACUUUUGCCUAAUACCCUUUAUUUGGGUGAUGGUAUAAUAAAUAAAAUUGAAAUAGAAAUUGAAAUAAAAGCUUUGAUGGUUUCAUACAUAUGUAGCAUCAUAUCAAAAAUCAGAGAUAGUAAAGUUGAAUUUGAUUAGUAUGAGUGAUCAGUUUUAGUCUUGGAUUUGUUACCCUUUUUCGGGUUAAAAACAAUUACAGACCUCUACAUUCUGUAUAGGCCAGUAGGGUAAUAAUUGCCUUGAGGACUGUCAAAAAAUGGCGAAGAAUUCAGUGGGUAUACUUGUAGAUGUACAAAUUGCUUCAAAAAUCCCUCAAGAUAAAUUUCAAUGAAAAUCUCCCAAAACCUUAUCAUAUUAAAACUCUAAACAUUAGGAGUAAAUAAUUAUGGCAAGAAAAUAUAUAUAUGGCAAGUAUAAUAUAUAUAAGUAAAUAAUCAUGAAGAGAAAAUGUGAUAUCAGUUUAGUUUAUGUAGUAUAUUUGAAGUUAUCCUACACUUAAUGUACUAAAUGAAUAAUAAUAUUAAAAAGAUGAAUAUGAUAUCUAUUAGCAAAAUGAAUAACUUGAGAAUAUCGCCACAUAAUACUCUGGAAAAACCAAUAUGCA